GCCGGAAAAGGUUCCGUCCGGUUCCAGACGGGUCUGUCUCUUUUUUAAGUCUCUUUUCGGUUCGGUAUCGCUCAACUGAUCCGGUACAGGACCGGACCGGCACCGAAGCUGUACGAUAAACUCCUGUCCGGUUUUGUCUGUAGGUGCUGCGUCUCGAUGCAGAUGCUCCGGGUGAAAUGAAUAAGGCACCUCAGCCUCUGUCAGGACCCCCUUCCGCCCCUCCCCACCCUUCCGCCCCGCUUCCCGCGCCCUCCCCGGGCCUGUCCCAGCCCAGUUUUUCUCCUUCUCCGGUUGUUUUCGGCAACCCUCCGCAACAGAUGAACCCCUCAGCCCCACCCCGACAGUUUGCCUCAGGUCCUAGAGCUUUACCACAACAGGGAGGAUUCAGGUCACUGCAGCCGUACUAUGCCGGUCGGCCCACUUUACCCGCCAAUUCUGGGCGUGUCCAGCCAAGCUCCGCCCCUCGGGCCAUCCCCCCUCCACAUGGAGCCCGGCCCCCACAUGUGUUCCAGCCCGGCCCCUCCCAGAUGAUGAUGAUUCCCCAGCAGCCAAUCAGCUUCCCCAAUUCACAAGGCCCGGCUUACUUUAUAUCUGGCCAGUACCGUCCCCCAUACGUGACCCCUCAGCAGUAUCAGGUGACCGGUUCUCCUGGUUUCUAUCCCGGCACAAGCCCGGCUGAUUACGCCGGGGCGUAUUACCCCGCCCAGCCCCAGUUCACGCCCCCUGUUGCCCCGGCGCCUGUCAUCAUGAACCCCGCCCCCCAGCAGCAACCGCCCCCACCCCCUCAACAGCAGCAAGCUCCGCCCAGACGGGAACGCAAACAGAUCAGGAUCAGAGACCCUAAUCAGGGAGGUCGUGACAUCACAGAAGAGAUCAUGUCAGGAGGUCGCAGCGGCUCCACACCCACACCUCCACAGCCCAAUGGUGACAACGCCACACCUGCGAUCGCCAUAACAACCAGAGCGGAAUUUCCCAUCCCUCCGGGUGAAAGCCCGCUACCUGACGCCCCACCGACUCCGCCCCCUACCAGUCCGAUAAGCGAUACGGUAGAUGCUCCGCCCCCAGCGCCUGCAGACGACGCCCACGCCACACCCCCUGUGGUAGAACCGCCCACCUCUAACGGUGCAGAAGCCACACCUGCUAAAAGCAAAGAGGAGGGGCCUGUGACUGUAACACUGCCUGUGCCCGCCCCCCAGGCGGAGCCUGCGCUGGAAUCACCAAUAGCACAGCCCGAAGAGCUCCAGCUGUUCAACGGAGUCCCGGCAGGCUCCGCCCACAGAGACGUCAGUCCUAUCGCCGAGCCGGACGUCACGAAAGAAGCGCCGCCGGUUACCGCCGAUAUCCCUGAUAGGACUGUCAAAGAAAUCCCUCCUCAGGUUGUCAAGGAGACUCCCGUUGCGGUUGUUAAGGAAGUGCCAGCUCCUGUUGUCAAGGAGCCUAUUCCUCCGGUUGUCAAGGAGACCCCUGCUCCUGUCGUCAAGGAGACGGCUGCUCCUGUCGUCAAGGAGACGGCUGCUCCUGUCGUCAAGGAGACGGCUGCUCCUGUCGUCAAGGAGACGGCUGCUCCUGUCGUCAAGGAGACGGCUACUCCUGUCGUAAAGGAGACCCCCGCUCCUGUCGUCAAGGCGACUGUCCCUGUGGUUGCCAAGGAAACGCCUACACCGGUUGAUGUCGAAGCCCUUCCGCAGGUCACCCAGGAGACUAUCGCCAAGGAGACGCCUGUUGUUAAGGAGACGCCUGUCGAAACUCCGCCUGUCGUCAUGGAAACACCAUCAGUCGCUGCCAAGGAAACCCCUGAACCACUUUUCAAAGAAGCCACUGCCCCUUCAGAGGUCGUUUCUAAAGCCACGCCCCCUCCAACGGAAGAGCGAGAGGACACGCCCACCACACAGACCACUCCCUCUGAGAGUACUAUGCAAGUGGUUUCUGUGCCAAAGAAGAAGAGAAAAAUGAAAGACCUGAACAAGAAGGAGGCAGGAGAUCUGCUUGAUGCCUUUAAGGAGCCCACACCACCUGAGCCAGAGGCCACACCCCCUGUCAAGGCGGAGCCAGAGAGCACCGCCCCCGUGGCCCCGCCCCCUGCCGAGGAGGUGGAGGAGACGUGGGAGGAGAAAGAGGAUAAACUUGAUGCUGAAAACAUCAAACCGCAGAGUCCCACCCCGGGCACACCCACCGAACAGAAAUACCAGUACAAAGAAGAACAAUGGAAACCCCUGAACCCCGAGGAGAAGAAGAAAUACGACCGAGAGUUUCUACUCGGCUUCCAGUUCAUCAGCGCCAGCAUGCACAAACCCGAGGGUCUGCCGCAGAUCUCAGACGUGGUGCUGGAAAAGGCCAAUAAAACUCCUCUGCGACAGCUCGAUCCGAGUCGUUUGCCUGGAAUGAACUGUGGUCCAGAUUUCACGCCAUCGUUUGCCAAUCUCGGCCGUCCGUCAGCCGGAGGGCGUGGCCCGCCGUCUGGUCUGAGCGGCCCUCGUCGUUCAGGUCAAGGUCAGCGUGGGAAGGAGCCGCGGAAGAUCAUCGCUAGCGUUUCUCUCACCGAAGACGUCCAGCUGAACAAAGCGGAGAAGGCCUGGAAACCGUCGGUGAAGCGCAGCGGGCGCCCCGACGAGGACGACCCAGAUUUCUUGAAGACGCAGGAUCUGUUCAAACGCGUGCGGAGCGUCUUGAACAAACUGACGCCGCAGAUGUUCCAGCCGCUGAUGAAGCAGGUGACCGAACUCACCAUCGACACGGAGGAGCGUCUCAAAGGAGUGAUCGACCUCAUCUUCGAGAAGGCCAUCUCUGAGCCCAACUUCUCCGUCGCCUACGCCAACAUGUGCCGCUGCCUUAUGGGGCUGAAAGUUCCCACCUCGGAUAAACCUGGAGUGACGGUGAAUUUCAGGAAGCUGCUGCUGAAUCGUUGUCAGAAAGAGUUUGAGAAGGACAAAGAUGAUGAUGAAACGUUCGAGAAGAAGCAGAAAGAGCUGGAUGCCGCCACAGGGGAAGAGGAGAAGCAGAGGUUGAAGGAGGAGCUGGAGGACGCCAAAGACAAAGCCCGACGACGGUCGCUAGGUAACAUCAAGUUCAUUGGUGAGUUGUUCAAGCUGAAGAUGCUGACGGAGACCAUCAUGCACGACUGCAUCGUCAAACUGCUGAAGAACCACGACGAGGAGAGUCUGGAGUGUCUCUGCCGCCUGCUGUCCACUAUCGGGAAAGAUCUGGACUUCGAGAAGGCCAAGCCCCGAAUGGAUCAAUAUUUCAACCAGAUGGAGAAAAUUAUUAAGGAGCGGAAAACCUCUUCCAGAAUUCGCUUCAUGCUGCAGGACGUUAUUGAUUUACGACGGAAUAACUGGGUCCCGCGGCGAGGAGAUCAGGGUCCGAAGACCAUCGAGCAGAUCCACAAGGAGGCGGAGCUGGAGGAGCACAGAGAGCAGGCCAAAGUUCAGCAGCAGCUCAUGUCCAAGAAGGAGAGCCGCAGUGGAGGAGGUGGAGGAGGAGGAGGAGGAGGAGGAGGUGGAGGAGGAGGAGGAGGAGGAGGAGGAGGAGGAGGAGGAGGAGGUGGAGGUGGAGGUGGAGGCGGAGGCGGUGGUGGAGGGAUGGGUGGGAUGGGGCCCCGUGGAGGGCCGCACACACCUGGUUCCCGUGGCAACCAGGCCCCUGAUGACGGCUGGAACACUGUGCCCAUUUCCACCAAGAACAGACCCAUCGACCCCACACGACUCAGCAAGAUCACCAAGCCGGGCGCUUUGGACUUUAAUAAUCAGCUUCUUGCCCCUGGGGGUAAGGGCUCGUGGGGCAGCUGGGGCAAAGGCAGCAGCGGAGGCACAGGCGCCAAACCCAGCGACAGCGCCCAGGAUUCUGGUCGUACGAGCACUUUGAAUCGCUUUUCAGCACUUCAGCAGCCUUCCUCCUCUUCAUCAUCAUCCGCCAACAUCGACUCUGACAGGAGGGUUCCUCACAGGAGUAGCUCCAGUCGUGAACGCAGCGACCGUUUCGACCGGCGCGAUGAUCGGAUGGACCGGGGCGACCGCUACGAUCGCCGUGACGACCGCGGAUCAGACCGGCUGGACCGGAAUCGUCCCGCGGUCGGCAAGCGGAGUUUCAGUCGCGAAAAGGAGGAGAGGAGUCGGGAACGAGAGCAGCGUCCCGCUGAGAUGGUGCGCCGCGUGUCCAGCAUGACAGACGAGCGCGAGAGAGAACGAGAACGUGGCAGCCGCGACAGCGCAGUGAAGAGAGAAACUGUUCCCACUCCUCCACCUGCUUCCUCCAAACCGGCGCUGACGGAGGAGGAACUGGAGAAGAAAUCCACUGCCAUCAUCGAGGAGUAUCUGCACAUCAAUGACCUGAAGGAGGCGCUGCAGUGCGUCAGUGAGCUGAACUGCUCGUCUCUGCUGUCUGUGUUUGUACGGACGGGAAUCGAGUCGACGCUGGAGCGCAGCACCAUCGCUAGAGAGCACAUGGGUUUACUGUUUCACCAACUCGUCAAAACACAAACACUAUCCACACAACAAUACUACAAAGGGCUGUUGGAGGUGCUGGAGGUUGCGGAGGACAUGGCCAUAGAUAUUCCUCACAUCUGGCUGUAUCUGGCUGAGCUCAUCUGUCCCAUGCUGCAUGAGGGCGGGAUCCCCAUGGGGCCGCUCUUCAGGGAGGUGUCUAAACCGCUGGUGCCUCUUGGGAUAGCUGGAGUUCUGCUGGUGGAAAUCCUCAAGCUGCUCUGUAAAGGAAUGAGUCAUAAGAAGGUGGGAGGAAUGUGGAGAGACGCGUCGCUGAGCUGGAAGGACUUCCUGCCUGAAGACGAGGACGUCAAUAAGUUUGUCACUGAAAAGGGAGUGGAGUUCACUCUGGGUGAGGAGUGUGUGAGGAAGAGCAGUAAAGCGACUCUGAGUCCGGAAGACAUGUCUAGACGGCUGGAGCGACUCCUGCAGGAGAAAGCCGACAACCAGAGGAUCUUCGACUGGGUGGAGGCCAAUCUGGACGAGCAGCAAACCUCGUCAAACGCGUUUGUCCGAGCGCUGAUGACCGCCGUCUGUCAGUCUGCCAUCAUCUGUGAUAAUCCAUAUAAAGUAGACACUAAAGAAAUUACCCAGAGGGCCAAGCUGCUGCAGCGCUACAUUAAAGACGAGCAGAAGGAGCUGCAGGCGCUCUACGCCUUACAGAGUCUGAUGGUUCAGAUGGAGCAGCCGCCAAAUCUGCUGCGCAUGUUCUUCGACGUCUUAUACGACGAGGACGUCAUCAAAGAGGAAGGCUUUUACAGGUGGGAGACCAGCAAAGACCCCGCCGAGCAGCAAGGCAAGGGCGUCGCCCUCAAAUCCGUCACCGCCUUCUUCACCUGGCUGCGCGAGGCCGAGGACGAAUCGGACAACAGCUAGAGCCUAAGCCACACCCACUAGAGAUGAUUGAUGGAGAAAGAAAAAAAAAAGAGAGAAUGAAACAUGUGGGAGAUUUUCGACACAUUUUUAAUUUUUUGUUUUGUCUUUCCGUUUGCGCAAAAAAAAAAGAAAAACAAAAAAAAAAGCCGUUGAACUGAAACGAAAUAAAGUAUUAGAGGAUGACAAGCCUUAUCUGCUCAGUUUAUGGAAUUUUAGCCGUUAGCAUUGCUACUUACCGUUUCCUGCUCCCGCCGCCGACGAGACGGACGUCGAUGACAUCAUCACUUGUGUGUUUAUGAUGUCACUUCCCAGUGACACAACGCUGCUCAGAGUUCUAUUUUUUCGUUCCGAAACCCUUUAUAUAUAUAUAAAUACAUAUACAUAUAUAUUCGCGGGCGCUGAUGUGGAUUUGCGCGGAGCGGCUGAUCGUGUGCGUGUUGCUGUAACGAGGAGGAUCGGAUUGAUUUGUUGUCGUUUUCAAUUUGGGAUUUCCUUUAGUUCUAGUGGAGUGUUCUGAGCUCUUUUUUUCUACGUUUUUUAUGACCGAAAACGCAUAAGAAAGCAAAUCGCCCCUGUCGGACCUGGUUUUGGGCGUCGCUCGCAGCUCCGGGUGCGACGAGACUUGCUUAAGACGUUCAACUUUGACCUUUUUGCUGCUGCUGCUGCCGCCGCCGCCGAGACGCUUCUGCCGGCCCGAGCUGAUGUUACGGUUCACGUCACACUUCAUGGAGAAAAUAAACGUUUGGAAACGAGGAGACUCGAGGGUGGCGAGGAGCGCUUGUGGACGUGCUCUUUUGCACCUCUUGUGGACUUUGUGACACAAAUCAUUAUUACGACUUGAAAAAUAUAUAGAGAAAUAAGUGUUUAAAAAAAAAAUAAAAAUAAAAAAGCUGGAGAGAGUACGAAUACUACAUGCCUUUCAGCUCCUUGGAGAGCGACCUGUAAAUACAUGUUUUUUUUUUUGUUUGUUUUUCAAUAAUAAAAAUGCUAACUUUAAUGCCA